AUGGAGAGGUCUACAGUAGCAUCCACACGGCCAGGUCUCAGAAAAACUGUCUUCAGACCGCCCGGCAGCCCCCGAGUACCACCCAAAACCCCAGCUUAUCUCCAAGCCCCGCCUACCCGCACAACCAUGUACUCCGGCCAAGCCCCCAGGCUCAAACCCCACCCCCUGAAGCCCGACAUCGGCGGCGUCUCCAUGGAGGCCAAGUUUAAACCCCCUGUCCCUGUAGGGAAGCUUCCUGGCUCCGCCCCUCAACCCAGUAAACCACCUGGCAUCUCCGCACUGAAGGUGGCGCCAGAGAAGGGCAACAGAGAGGAGGGUAAAGGAGCGCCACCUGCGCCCACUUACAACCCUAAACCACGAGGGGGCAAAUUCCCACCAGCUAACGAAGAAAAUCAGCCCAAAUUCCCCGGAGCAUCUUUUCCUAAAACUCCGCCCUCCUGGAAGAAGCCACCUCUAAAAGAAGUCUCCAGUCAAAGCCCCGCCCCUACUGAGUCAGGCUCCACCCACAAUGUUGCAAGCUCUGUUCAACUGCAGAAAAAGAUGUUUAUGGGUAGAGCCAACGAAUCAGAGUCACAGAAAAAAGAAGUGUCCAGUAACAACUCCGCCCCCAAUGAGACAGGCUCUGCCCACAAUGCACCAGUUCCUAAAACCCCGCCAUCCUGGAAGAAGCCACCUCUAAAAGAAGUCUCCAGUCAAAGCCCCGCCCCUAGUGAGACAGGCUCCACCCACAAUGUCGCAAGCUCUGUUCAGCUGCAGAAAAAGAUGUUCAUGGGCAGGGCCAGCGAAUCAGAGUCACAGAAGAAAGAUAUGUCUGGUAACACCUCCGCCCUUAAUCAGACAGGCUCCGCCCACAAUGUUGCAAGCUCUGUACAACUGCAGAAGAAACUAUAUAUGGGCAGGGCCAGCGAAUCAGGGCUGCAGAAUGAAGGGUUUGGUAACAGCCCCGCCCCCAGUGAGACAGGCUCCGCCCCCAAUGUUGCAAGCUCUAUUCAGCUUCAGAAAAAGCUGUUCAUGGGCAGGGCCAGCCAAUCAGAGCCACAGAAAGAUGUCUCCACCCGUGAUUCUGUAAGUUCCGCCCCUAAUUCAUCAGGCUCCGCCCAGCCAAGGAAGAAGGCUUUACCCAGCCUGGUGAUUUUAGGAACGUGUCCAGCUAAACCAGGAAGACCUCCUCACGUUGACCUACAUCCCUUCAGCAGCCACGAUUCUGAUAACUCCAGUACUGAUGAUGUGUUUCCACCACCUCCACCUCCACUGGUCCCACCUCCAGCUACAGCAGCACCUCCACCACUCCCAGUGAGGGUGGUGGAGGAGGAGAGUUAUGAUGAUGUCGGAGUGAUGUCCAAACCAGGGCAAAACACUGAUGAGUUUGAGGACGAGUUUGAAGACUCAGAAACUUAUGAGGACAUUGAGAGCAGAUGGCCGGAUCCAGAGAGUGAGAAAACAAACAAGUCAAAGAAAGAGAAAGAGAGUAAAAAGCAGAAAAAGAAGAUGGAGAAGGAGGAGAAGGAGAGGGUGGAGCGAGAGAGGAAGGAGAAGAAGGAGAUGGAGAAGAGAGAGCAGGAGGCCAGAAAGAGGUUUAAGCUGAAGGGUCCGGUGGAGGUGGUUCUGAGGGGCAGUGUGAAGUCGGAGUGUAAGGGGAGUAAGGUGGAUCUGGAGCUGGAGAGAGGAGAGAGAGUGGAGGUCAUUCGUCUGACGGGAAACCCGGCCGGAUGCUGGCUCGCCCGGAACAGCCGCGGAUACUAUGGAUUUGUGAGGACUGAGCUGGUGGAGGUAGAGGGGAACACACAGCCGCCGGUCAGUCUGGAUGUGUAUGAUGAUGUUGGAGCACUCGAUCAAUCCAGCAGUCCGAAUAAAGCUCCAGCAUCGGAGAAUAUUGAUGAAGAUAUUUAUGAUUUGGUGGAUGACGGAGGCUCUGAUCCCGGUUUUCCUCCUCCUCCUCCUCCUGUCUUCCCUGAUCCUGAUGGAGACACGUAUGAUGACGUGGCUCCGUCCAGCCUGGCCAGCAUUUCACCCGUAAAGACUGAAGAUCCGAAGAAGAAGAAAAGGUUUGAGAAAGAAGAGAAAGAGUUUCGUAAGAAGUUUAAGUAUGAUCAGGAGAUCCGGGUGCUGUACGAGGCCGCUGUCCUGCCAACUCUGGCCUGUAAGAAGUUUAGUGGUAAACACCUGGUCAUCAAGCCUGGUGAUGUCAUCAGUGUGAUCACCAGACCGCAGGACGGCAAAGUUAUCGGCAGAAACAGCGAGGGCAAAUUUGGAUUUGUGUCCCUCAGCAACAUCCAGCAGAAUUCAGAUAUUUAUGAUGAUGUGGGAGAAGACUGUAUCUAUGACAACGACUGAUUAAGGAUUAACCCCAGUUCUCCUCACUGCUGGAAACUUUCUCCCACUGCAGAUCUACAAAUCCACAGUCUAACCUAUCAGCAGUUAUUACUGUCAUAAUGUUAUUAUAGUGAUAAAAUUUUGCUUUGAUCUCACUGUGUAUCAGUGUUUCUCUCUGUGAUGCUGCAAAUAAGCUAAAUGGAAAGAAGAUGUUUACUUUCAUAACCUGAGAAUAAUAAAUCUGUUUUUAUAAUGAUA